UUACCAAGUAAAGAGUUGUCUGCACAUCAGAUACUGGCCGAGUGUAGGCAACACAUGUCGGCACCGGCGGUGUUGGACAACCAAUUGAUCGCCGAUAUGACAGACAAAAUACUGUCAAUAUUUCGGGAAAUGUUGACAAAACAUAACACACUAUACGAUGUGUGUAAACAUGUGGUCGAUUACAUGGAUCUCGAGUACGGCAGUAGUUGGCACUGUUUGGUUGAUUAUGACGAAUACAAUGGAUGUUUAAUGAUUGACAACAAUUAUCUGGUGAAAGUAAAAUUCACCCCGGUCACGUUUACAUUAUUUCACACAAUGCGGUUUAAUUGGUCAAAUCUAAAGGCCCGACUCGAGCAUAAUAAAAUUGCCCGCAAAUUAGACAUAUAUUAUACGGCUAUGAAUAAGUCGAUGGUAUUGUUUGUGUCGGACAUUGUGUUUGAGGCCAUCGACAGUAACGACAAUAUAAGCGCUACAAUACAUAACAUCGUAACCCAAAUUAGGGCCAGAUAUCCGGUCAGAGAGUGGCAGUGCUUUGUCUACUAUAGAGGUUUUGGUAAUUGAUAUGUACAAUACGUUAACAACAAUUUUAUCCAUUGUCACGUCGACCAGAUUACCAUCAUUAUAUUUGAAACUAGAUUGUAUUAACAUUUAAUUGUUAUGUGGAUUAAUUUUGAUAAUCA